CGCCGCGCGACAGCUGUUUGCCGUUUUCGUAACAGGAGCCAGAUAACUUGUGGUGCAUUUGUUUAAUUUUAAGAAAAAUGAAUAAAAUAACGCGUGCUUUUAUUAGCGUGCUACGGCAGAGCAAUACGUCAUAUAGCAGCGUUGCGCUGCUGGGCCGUCAGCUAUCCUACAAGAGCGAUAUAUCACUGGACAAAAUUUAUCCGAAUGCGCGAUUGCAAUUAUACACGCCGCCUCCACCAGCCAGCACUGGGGACAAGUUCAAUGGCUUUAUACCUAUGGAUAAGUUGGAGGUCACUUACAGUCGCAGCUCUGGACCGGGGGGCCAGCAUGUUAAUACUGUAAACACCAAAGUAGAUGUCCGUUUUAAACUGGCGGAGGCUGAGUGGAUACCACAACAGACACGUGAAAAGUUACUUAAGGCUCUUGCUAACAAAGUCACCAAAGAGGGCUACUAUUUUAUCAAAAGUGACUUGACGCGCUCACAGCAGUUGAAUUUGGCGGACGCGCUGGAAAAACUUCGCACAGUUAUACGGGCACAAGAGUUUGAGUCGGCUGCUCCCAGCGAAGAGACGCUUGAAAAAGUGCGACGUCGGCAAGAAAAGGCAGCCAGACAACGACUGCAGCUGAAACGGGAACGUGCGCAGGUUAAGGCAGAUCGUCAGGCACCCGGAGGCAUAGAUCUAUAGUUACUAAAUGCUUUAAUUUGUUUACAUAAAGCUUGUUUGAUCACUUAAAA